AUGGCAGUAACGUGCAACGACCUGCUGAAAAUGCAAAGGAAGGAGCUUUCCCAUGUCACAGAUCCAGUGAUACGGAACUAUACACAGGCUAUAAAACUUCUCUUCAAUGACUCUUGGGGGUGCAAUUACACUGACGGCUGCUUCUCAUCCUCGGCUCGGGUCAUCCUGGAGGGACAAGCAGAAAGAAAUGGUGGGGCGGGCGAGAUCCUGUCGGGUGCAUGGGAGCAGUACCGAAGAGAAAAAUGGAAUACCCUCUUCCAGGAGACGAAGAUCGCGCUGUCUUUUCAGAAUUCCCCACUCUACCAGUAUCUGCAGGAUUUGGGACACACAGAUUUUGAAGUAUGUUCAUCUGUGUCGCAGAAGGCAGAGCAAUGUGCAGCAGUGGAAAGCCAAAAAGAGCGAACUGUGCAUGCUGCCCAGAAACAAGGCAUCCUGUCAAAACUAGUUGAGUUCUUUAGAAGUUGGUUUCCUUUUCCACAGUAUAAGAAAAAUGAUGACAUACUUCACCGACUGGAUGUCGGAUUUCGAUUUGACACGCUCCGUACCAUCCUGCAACAGGAAGUUCUGCUGCAGGAGGAUGUGGAACUGAUUGAGUUCCUUGACCCCAGUAUCCUGCCUGCGGGGCAGUGUAAGCAACAGGAAAACCGACAGCUUCCAACACUACGCUCCCUAGCAACUCCUAAUAUUUGGGAUGUCUCGCUGUUUCUUGCCUUUGUAAGUGCACUGCUCAUGCUGCCUUCGUGGUGGAAGGAAUCCUCGUGGCUGCCGUGGGGACUAGUUCUGCUUGUCUAUGCAGUCUUCCGAGUGUGGGGCACAUGGAGGACAGCCAAGCUGCAAAUGUCCCUGCGAAAAUACUGUCUCCAGCUGGAAGAAACGGUGGCAAAUAGCCGAGCUUUUACUAAUCUCGUGAGGAAAGCUCUCCGGCUCAUUCAAGAGACUGAAGUAAUUUCCAGAGGAUUUACCCUUUUGCUUGACAGGGUCAGUGCCGCUUGCCCAUUUAAUAAAGCUGGACAGCAUCCUAGUCAGCAUCUUAUUGGUCUCCGGAAAGCUGUUUAUCGAUCCGUCAGAGCCAACUUUCGAGCCUCAAGACUGGCUACUCUAUACAUGCUGAAAAACUACCCUCUGAAUUCGGAGAGCGACAACGUGACCAGCUACAUCUGUGUAGUUCCCUUUAAGGAGCUGGGUCUGGGACUGAGUGAAGAGCAGGUCUCAGAAGAGGAGGCACACAAUCUAACCGAUGGCUUCAGCUUGCCUGCGCUCAAG